AGGAUUUGAAGGUCAACAGAUCAACAUGGUUAAACAGAGCACUUUUAGUUAUAACGACAAUUGGUUUGUCAAAAAUCGAGCGUUUGAUACUGUGGUUUUACUUUAACUUCCUACCAAUGUUGACGUCCAUCAAACGUUAUCAUGACGAACAACAACGUGUACAGAAGAAAACUUUCACUAAUUGGGUCAAUGCAUGUUUGCAAAAGCUACCUGACCCAAUUCAUAUCAAUGAUCUUUUCAAAGAUAUUGGUGAUGGAACUACUCUUAUCCAUCUGCUUGAAGUAUUAUCAGGAGAAAAAUUGCAAAUUGAAAAUCCUCGUAUUCUACAAAGAGCUCAUAAACUUAGCAAUGUUCGUAAUGCUUUAGAUUAUUUAGAAAAAACAUGUAAAAUAAAACUUGUAAAUAUCAAUCCCGCAGAUGUGGUCGACGGGAAACCAGCGAUUGUUUUAGGUCUUAUAUGGUCGAUCAUAUUAUUUUAUCAAAUUCAAGGUCAUCAGAAAGUAUUAAAAGAUGCAUUGAAAUCUCGUCGUAAAAGUCUAUCGAAAUCAAUCGAUUCUGAUGCCACUGGAAAUGUUAGUAGUAAAUCUGAAGAGACUAGUUUAUCUGAACAAGUGGAUAGUACAAAAAGUGUAACCGGUUCCAGGACUCGACAAGCUUUAUUAACUUGGGUUGAACAGUCUUUUCGUUCUCAUAAAUCAACAUUAGAAAUUAGAGUUACCGACUUUGGUCCAUGUUGGCGUGAUGGUAAAGCAUUUUGUGCUUUGGUGCAUAACAUUAAUCCAAGUCUUAUUGAUAUGGGUGAAGUUAUGCAUCGAAAAAAUCGUGAGAAUUUAGAAUUUGCUUUCAAUGUAGCUGAACAAAGACUUGGUGUACCAAAAUUACUAGAUCCUGAAGAUGUUGACGUGGAUAAACCGGAUGAACGUUCAAUUAUAACAUAUGUAGCACAAUUUAUUCUAAUCGCUAGUUCACAUCCACCUAAGGGUAAUGAACAAACAGAAGCGGAAAAAGAACGUGUUCUAUUAAUUACGAUAAAAGAAUUAAUUGCUCGAGUUCGACAUAAUCCAAUUGAAUCACAAGAUUUUCUCACUGAAUUUGAAAGUUUUCUCCAAGCUCAACUUGAACAUGAAAAUAUGGCUGCUUAUAUUCGUGAACUUGAUGAUAGAAAACGUCAAGGUUUAUUACUUGGCCUAAGACCAGAAGAAUUAGAACGUGCUGAAGCUGAAUGGAGUCGAGUGAAACCUGAACUUGAUGAAUGGCGUUGGCGUUUAGAUAAUGUUCUACCAGGUGAAUGGCGUCAAGUUGGUCAAUGGUUGUCAAAAUUAGAAAAAUGUCUUAUAACUGAUGCAUUGAUAGCUUCACAACUUGGUCUGGAAUUAGCUCCAGAAGCGAAAAAUUUGACUCAUGAAGAACGUGCAACACGACUUCGAAAUUGCUUAAACGAACAUGAAGAUAUUUUCAAUAAUAUUGAAGAUUUAAAUCAUUUAAUUAAUAAAUUAAGUGAAGAAAAUGAAAAAUUAAAUGAAAUUGCUCAAAAUGCUACAACAUCAGAUGUAUUAACAACAUUACCAACUCGUUUACCACAAAUUAUUGUUGAUUCAUUAAAAUCUCGUUUUAUCACAGCUUAUUUAAAUGGUCAAUUAACUAAACGACGUUUAGAACGUUUAGUGUUACGUUGGGAUUUAACACAUAAAAUAACUAUAAUACGUGAACAUUUAAUUAAUUGGCAAACAAUUAAAUGUAAAGAGACAUCUGAAGUAGAUUUACAUAUUAAUGAAAUUAAAGAUUAUUUAUCAUCCAUGAAUAUACCCGAAGAUAUGGAUAAUGGCUUGGAUAAGCUUAAAGAAUUAGCAUUAGACCGCGAUGAUAUUGCGUGUCGAAUUGCUGAACAACGUGAAAAAUUGGAAGCCAAUGCAAAAUUACCAAGUCCUAUGGUAAAUCAACAAGCUUCCGUUAGUACCGGUGGUGGAGCAUUCAUUUUAACUGACUAUGCUGAAACUGAGCGAAAAGAAACAAAUUUCUUUUUAACUUCACUUAAUACACGUUGGAAAGAUACAUGGUCGGACAUAUUGAAUAUACAAACACAUUUAGGCGAACUUUCUGUUAAAUGGAAUCUAUACGAAACGGAAAAAUUACAUCUGAGCAACUGGUUAACAGAAGUGAGAAAACUGCUUGCCGAUGAGAGUACAAGUGCUGAAGAACGUGAAAAAUUAUAUAGUGAUUUAAAAGAAUGGCGUACACGUGUAUCAGCUUUAAAUGAUCUUGGACAUGAAUUAAUGCAUAGUUGUGAUAUGACAGCAUCAUCUAUUUUAGAUAGUGAAUUGAAGAAUAUAAAUAAAAAUUGGACUGAAGUUACUACUGAAGUUAUCAAAUUUGUCGAUUUAGAUCAUGCUGAAGAAUUAAAAAAUCGUAAUUCUGAAGCUAUGUUUCGAUUGAAUGCAUUCAUCAAAUCAACUGAACUUUUAUUGGUCUCUGAUUUUGUUCUACCAGAGACUACUGAUUUAGAUCAAGCUCAUUCAGCUACAGCUAAUUAUCGUCAACAAUUAGAAGAAGCUCGUAAACAAUUACUUGAAAAAGCUCGAAGUGAUUAUUUGGAAGCUUUAAAAGCUGCUGAGGAACUAAUGUCAGCUGCUAAAGCUGGUCAAGCGGAUAUGGAACAAGCGGAAGCUGUUAUGGCAGCGGUUCGUGCUGCUGGUGAAAAAUUAGAUCGAUUAGCUAAUCAUUCUGUUCAAGCAAGAUUAGAUGAAGUUGAAGCAGCAACUAAGAAAGCUGUAGAAUUAGCUCUUCAACUAGCUCCAAUUAAUGAUUGGGCUCAAGAUAGUGAAGUUUCGACGGAAAUAUUAAAUUCUGGGUCAAUUGAAACUAAUCUCGAUUUGACUAAUUUAACAACAGAAGAAGCUAUGUCAAAGUUGAAGGGUCAUUUCACAGCCUUAGAAGAGCAUGAAAAAGCUUUACUUGAAGCUGAGAAACGAUUAAAUGAUUUAAAAGAAUCUGGUCUACAACAUAUUGAUAUUAGUCAAUUGGAAUUAGCCACUGCGGAAGCUCGUCGUAAAGUUGAAGCUAUGCGUACUGUGGCUAAAUGUUAUGAAAAUGAGUUAGAUAGACGAAAAUCAGCUGAACAAUCUUUUUCACAUGCUAUAAUAAAUAUAACUGAUUGGUUAGACGAAGCAGAACGUCUAUUUCAAAAUGAUAUAUCAUUUGAUUUUGAAGAACAAUUGCCUAAUACAGAAGUUAUUCAAGAUAAAUUAAUUGCAAAUGAAGAAUUUUUAAGAAAAACACAAACAGUUGGUCAAACUUGUUUAAUUGAAUUGAAUCGAAGUUAUGAUAGAUUAGUAGAAUUAUUCUCAGGUAAUGAAGAAGAUGUGGUUGAAAAUUCUGCUAAUCCAAUUAUUCAACCAGAUGAAGUUAGUAUAAAUAUAUUGUUGGAAGCAGCAAAUCAAGUGACUAAAUUUCGUGAUCGAUUUGAUGAGUUGAUGUCUAAAGCUACUCGACGUCAAUAUGAACUUAAAUAUGUUUUGUUAGAAGCUCGUCUACGUGAACAAUUAGAUAAUACUAAUAAAAUUUUAAAUGAUGAAGAAUUUCGAAUGACAUCUGGUGAACAUUUGGCUAGUAUAUUGUCUGAUCAUGAGUCUUCAUUUAAAAAUUCAGAAUUUUAUACUAUUUGUGAAAAUAUACUACGUGAAAUGCGUGAAUUAGAUGAUCAAAUGUCUUGUUUAUUUCAAAAUGAUGCAAAUUAUUAUAGUAAACGUACAACACAGUUACAACAAGAAUAUAAUUUAUUAACUGAACGUGUUGGAAAAAUAGCUGUGAGAUUACGUAAUCUACCGGAACAAUGGGCUGAUUUUGAUGAUAAAUUAAAUCAUUUAUUAGAUUGGACAAAUGAAGUUGAAAAAUUAUUUAAUCAUUUACAAAGUGAUCCAUCUAAUACAAAGAAUAGUGAUGAAAAAACUGCCAUUGAAUUAGCUUCACGUUAUCGUGCUAUGUUGUCGAGAUUUGAAGAAAUGACUGGUAUGGUUAAUGAACAGAAUGCAUUAGCUGAUAAAUUAAAUUUAAUGUUAGUUGAUUUAUCAUUAGACGGUGGUGUAUCAGCUGGUGAGAUAGCAACAAAACGAGCUGCAUUAACCGCUGCAUUAGGAGCGUUGAAAGAUUUAGGCAGUGAAAUGGAUUCUGUACUAACUCGAGCUCCAUUGAUAGCUGAAACACUGGAAUUUCGUGCCAAUGCAGUAACAGAACGUAAAAAAGCAAUUGUUGUUCGUGAAGCAUUUGAACAAGCUGUACAAGAAGAUGCAGAAAUGUUGCCAAAUGAUUUAGAAUCAAUUAAACGUAUAUUAGCUGAACGUGAAGCUAUGGUAGCUAGAUUAGCUGAAGAAAGAGACGCUAGUUUAUUAGCUAUGAUUCAACGCGGAUUAAGUGUUAAAACUGAUGAAAUGUUAGAUUGGAUUGAACCAUCUAAAAAUGAAUUAAAAGCUACUUGGGCUGAAGUAGAUAAAGUUGCUGAAACUGGUUUAAAAUCUUUACGUCAAACUGCUGAAGCGUUUGAAGCAUUUGAAGAACACAAACAACGUAUUGCAAAUUUAUUAACUGGUACGAAACAUUUAAUAAAUGGUCAUGCAAGUGCAUCCACUACAGCAGCAUUUACUAUGGCAUUAAUUGGUAAAGAUGGUACGAUUGAUAUCGAUAAUGUUACUAAUGCAUUACAUAUUGAUGAUGAAACAAAAUUAUGGGCUAAUUCUUCAUUAGCAUCUGGUGUUGCUGGUGUUAUUGUAGCAAGUGUUGAAGAAGCAACUAAAGCUGGUCAAGAAGCUGUACGUGUUCAAACAGAUGCAAUUCUAGCACAAUUAGAUGCAUUAAACAAUGCAGAAUCAGAUUUAAAAGCAUUAAUAGCUGCUGCACAAACCAUGAAAAUGCGAUCAACUCCAGAACGUGCUUCAGAAUUAGAUGCAACAAUUCAAUAUUUAGAAAAUCAACUUAAUACAGCUAAACAAGAAUUAAAUGCUAAAUUAGCUAAUUUACGUGCAGCUAAUGGUAAAUGGGAAGUAUUUUAUACAAGUACACGUGAAGUUGACAAAUUACUUAAUAAUUCUGAACUAAAUUUAUCCAAUAUAACUAGUGUACAACCAUUAGCUAAAGGUAAUUUAAAUGUUACUGAAUUAGGUUCUGCUGAAUCAUCAGCUAAAGCUGCUGCCGCUGAAUUAGCAUUAUGGUAUGCAUCAGUAAAUAAUUAUUUAAAAGAUUUACAAUUAUCUGAACAACGUUUAUUAUCUUUAAAUAGUAUUUUUAAAGAAUUAACACAUUAUUCACCAAUAGAUACUACUGAAAUAAAUGAUAAUAAUAAUAAUUCAUCUGAAUCAUUAAUAAUGAGUUCAGAAAUAUCUAAAGCACAAAAUAAAAUUCUUAGUUUAUAUCGAAGACAAAAAGCAUUACAAAUUGCAUUUAAUCAACAUUCACAAUCAUUGAAUACAUUAAAAGAUUAUUUAUCACAAUAUCUUAAUCUUGUACCAAAUAUUGAUAAAUAUUUAACAGAAAUAGAUAAUAUUGCUAAAACAUUAUCAUCAUCAUCAUUAUUACCACAUAAUUCAUUUAUUAAUUCAUUGGAUGAUUUAAUUAAUUUACGUAAUACACAUCAGGCACGUCAAAUUGUACAUAAAUCAAAAUAUACAGAAGAUCGUAAUCAAUUAUUAUGGUUGGCUAGUAAUUUGACUAGUUGGUCACAUUUAAAAGAAGCUAAUGAAGCGUUACAAUCACGUUGGGAAAGUGUUAACUAUUGGUUAAUUGAGGAAUCUCAAUAUUUAGAUGAUUUAUAUAAUAUGUGGACAGAAUGGGAUAAAGAAGCUGAUCAGUUUACAUUACAAAUAACUAAUAUAGAAAAAGAUGUAGAACAAGAAUUAAACAAUAUAAUCAAUGAUAUAACUAAUCAAAACUCUAAAGAUUCAUCCACUGAUCCAAUUAAUAGUAAUAAUACCAGUGACUUAGAUUCUAAAGUGAAUAAAGCUAGUGCAUAUCAAGAUCGUCUGUUUGAUGCUGAGUCUUAUUUGAAAGCGUUCACUUUUAAAACAGAAAAAUUGUUAAAACGAAUUUUAGCACAAACUCAAAUACACUGUCGAACCUUAUUACCAGUGGAUACGGCAAAAAUAACAAAAUCUACUGAUCAAUUGUCAUCAUCAUUAACAGUAUCCACACUCAAUGACACUAAUAAUAGUACACAAUUCACUAAUAUUGCUAUCAGUUCACAUAGUAUAGCAAUUAAAUAUCGAGAAUUAGAAGAACAUUUAAAAUGUGUACGAAUACAAUGUGAAAAAUUAAAUAAUGAAUUAGAAAAUCAAUUAGAUGCACGUGAUCGUUUAUUUCGUGAUACAGAUAGACUAUUACAAUGGAUUAUGUCAGCAGAGAAACGUAUGACAAAGCUUACACGAAUUUGGGUAGCAGCAAGGCCACCAAUUUCAACGAAUAAAUCCUAUGGCGUAUUACAUAAACCAUCUUCAAUUAUGAAACAACGAAAUGAUCACAUUGAUUCUGAUAAACAACAAUUAAUUGGUGUUGACUUAUCAGAAGCAUAUGAACAAUUAAAAACUUUGCAAAUUGAAGCUACUGGUCCACGAAUGAUUGCUUUAAAAGAAUUAGCUAAUCAAAUUGAAGGUGAAGACGUUGAUUUAAAUGAUUUAUACAAUAAAAUGGGUAGUCGUCCAGGGAGUAAUCGACCUGGAAGUAAUCAUAGUAGACCUACUAGUGAUCGGUCACGUAGUCGACGUUCUGUUUCAUUUGAUUUAUUAGGUAAAGAAAAUAGUUUUGAUUCAACUACAAAUGAUGAAAUUAAUCGUCAGUUACAUGAACGUUUAAUUCGACUUUUAAGCAAAUUAAAUCGUCUUAUCAGUCAUCUUAACCAACGUACAGUACUUUGUCGUUUAACUAUUGAAUAUGAAUAUUGUCGUCAAAAUUGGAUACAAGAGAUUAAUGCAUUGAAUUCACGUUUAAAAACAUUUGAAAAUAAUUCAGUUGUUGUAGAAUUAGAUGUAGAUAAGAAGAAAAAACAUUCAUCGAAUAAAUCUAUUGAAGAUGAUAGAAAACCAUUUGUUCAAGAAAAUGAAGACUCUGUAGGACGACAACAUAAUGAAGAAGAAAUCAAUAAGGAUGAAGUCAGCAUAGGAGAAAAUGUCACAGAAUCUACAAAUUUAACUCAUCAUGACGAUAAUUCUAUUCAGACUACCACUAUUACUACUACUGAUACUAGUAGUAAACAGCCAAUUACUUCAAUUGAUCUAUUUCAAUCUGCCGCAGAUGAUGCUGAACGUAUAUUAUUUUGCAAACAAACAAUACAAUCUGGUAUUGUCUAUCAAUCAGAAUAUAAAGAUUUAAAAGAUGAAAUUGAUAAAUUAAAACAAUUAAUCAAUAAUUGGCAAGUUACAUUAGAUUUUACACGAUCAGAUAUUAUUGUAAAUGAAUUCGAUGAAACACCGAAUGAUUCGAAUUUAAUUGGACCAAAAGAACUUGAUGUGGCUGUUGUUUCAGUUGGUCUUAUGUUUGUCACCAAUAUUGAUUUGAAUUGGUCAUUUAGUACUGGAUUCAGUACUACUACUUCAAUGACAACCACAACGAGUGCUUUAACCACCAGCACCACUACCACCACCACGACAACUGCUUCAGGUGGUACCAUAAUGACUACAGAUCAGUCGACAAUAUUACAAUUAGAACCAUUUAGUUUUUUUAUAGAUAUUGCUAGAUUAUCUUCUGAAUGUGAUAAAUUACAUGGAAAAUUAAAAGCUAAUUUAUUACAUGUGAUUGGUGUAUGUGAAAAUUGGCAACAAUUAGUUGAAGCACGUGAUAGAUUAUUAGAACAAGUUAAAGAUUUACAAUAUCGUUCAUCAGGAGCUUGUUAUACAGUUAGUCAAUUAGGUGAUCCAUCAAAAACUGAUAAACCUAUUGGUAUACGUUUGACACGUUUAGGUCAACAGUUAUUAAAUUGGCAAGUUGAAUUAAAUUCGGCUGGCACUACUACAGAUGAUGUAAAUGCAUUACAAACUGAUGUUAGUAAUAAUAAUAAUGAUAAUAAUAAUACUGAUAAAACUAAUUUACCAAGUGAAGCUGCCACUAUAGUUCAACGAUUAAACGAUCUUCGACGGGCAGGUGAACGAAUUGUUGGAUUAAAUCCAGCCCGUGGUCCGAAUGUUGAUAGUUUAUACAAUACAACUGUACAAACAAUACGUUUAUGUGCAAUUUAUUUAGGUGAAAUUGGUCGACAUAGUAUACUAUUAUUUCAAGCAUUAUCAAAACGUUCAGAAUGUUUACAUCAAUUGACAGAAUUUCUUGAUGAAAUUGAAAAACAAAGUGGUCUUAUCCCAGCUAGUGAACAUCAGUCAGUUUUCGGUAAUACAAAUUCAACUGAACAAAAUCAAAUGAUCACAGAUGAUCAAAUUGAUAAUUCUGAUAAAAGUGUUAAACGACCAAUACCUGAACAAAUUGCAUCACAAUUCACAAUGUUUGAAUGUAUGGAUCUAUGUAGAUUAUUAAGUGUGGAUAAUGUCAAAGAAGUAGAACAACAACUGACACCAUGUCAAAUUGCAUUAGAUUCAUUAAUGAAUAAACAAAAUACAUAUUUUAUACAAUUAAAUCAAUCAUCUUCAUUAGCAUUACAGACAUUUAAUGAAUUUCAAACAGAAAUAUGUAAAUAUAAUAAUAAUAAUAAUAAUAAUAAUAAUAAUAAUAAUAAUAAUAAUAAUAAUAAUAAUAAUAAAAUUGAGGAUAUGGAUGAAGAACAUAAACUAUCCGAGAAACAAAUAAAAUUGGAUCCAUUUCGUGAUGCAAUAAUUAAUCGUUGGCAACGAUUACAUUUUCGUUUAGAAACUAUCAUACAACAAUUAUAUAUUCGACGUAGUGCAUUCAUAUAUGUAGAAGAUGGUUUUAAACAAUUAGAAUAUUGGAUUGAAACAAAUGAAUUAAAAAUAGAAACAUGUAGUUCACAAUUGGCAGCGAAUGCAGCGACUUCUGCUAUCCUCUCGCCAUUUAAUCUACAUUCAACAUUGCCAACUGAUGAACAAUUAAAGUAUACUGAAAACCCUCAAUUAAUUCUUGAUACAUUUAAUACAGAAGUUGUUUACUACUCAAAUUUAUUAAAUAGUAUAAAUGAUCGUAUCGAAGCUGAUGUAGGAGAUCGUGUAUUAUUGAAAAAAACAUUUGAUAAUUUAGAAUGGCGUUUACAUAAGUUACAAAAAUCUUCAGAUCAUUUAUUACAACAAUGGAAUGAAGAAUAUGAAAGAUGCGAACAGUUAAAAGUUGAUCUACAUCAAUUUAAUACACUUCUAGAAUCAAUUAGUAAAGAGUUAACAUAUUGUUUUGAUCCUGGUAUUUGUAAUGUUGAAGAGGAUCCAAAUAGUUUGACGAUGGUACAAUAUAGCUUCACUGAUAUACAAAGUAUUAAUAUACAAGCAAAUAAUUAUUUAUUACAAUUAUGCAAAGCACAGUGUAUUCGUCAUCAUCUUGCACGAUUACGUGAUCGUUCAUUAUGGUUACAUGAUAGAGCUCAUUUAUUAGCUAUUGGACCAAGUCGUUAUCAUCAUCGAUCUAUUCAACCAUUAAAAAUAACUCAACAAGAAACAAAUUUAUCCAUCAAUAAUGAGAAUAAAUCUACUGAACUAUUUACCGCAUCUGUUCUAUUAGAAAGUGAAUCAGUCUCUUUAAAUCAUCGUUUAUUAGGUUUAGUUGCAAGAUCUACAAAAUCUGUGCAUAUUUUACAUUCAAAAAUUAGUCACAUCUUUUUUGAUGCUAUACAAAAUUUUCAUAAUUGGUUCGAUGAUUUACAUUCAAGAGUAAAUGAAAUUCAUUCAGCUACACUUCCAAUGCAUAUGAUAACAAAACCAAAUGAUUCAAAGCAACUAUUGGCUGAUACAAAUCAAUCAGUGGGAAUUUUAUCCGUAGAUAUGUUGUCAUCUAAUUUGAAUACAAUUCGUGCGACUGUAGAAGAUUUAGCUAAGAAAGUUCAAUGUGAAUCUAAACUUGACAUUUUAAAAGAAUUAGCUAAAAUAAUGCUACGUUCAAACUAUAUAGACAUCGAGCCUAGUUUAUCUGAUCAUAUAAAAGAUGAUGAGGUUGACGAUGCUGACGCUCAAGUGAAGAAUGAAAAACAACCACCAGUUGAUGAUUUGCAAACAUCACUGCCAACAGCUGAAUCUCUUUUACAGUCUGUCGAAGAUAAAGUCGAACAAUUCACUAAAGUAGUAGAAACAACUGACAAUAAUCCACCUUCAUCAUUAUCAAUAUCAUUAUUAUUAACAAAACUCAACUCCUCAGAUGCUUCUUCCAUCUUUAUGGAAUCUAAUAAUUCAAUAAGUCAAUUGCUUCGAUUAUGGGACAGUCAAUUAACCAAUAUGUAUAGUGAAUUGAAACAGAUCGAGUUGAAGCUUGAUGCGGCACAAAAAGUUGCUAUACAGUCUAAAGAAUAUGAAAUUAAAUUAUCCGAAAAUGUGAUUAUUUAUGAAGAACGAUUUAAGCAAAUUAUUUUAUGGCAACAAUCCAUUACUAUUGAAUCAUGUAAAAUUCGUCUAAAUCAAUUACAAGAUUUACUUGUCCAGUUAAACGGGGAUAGUACUGAAUUAAAACAAGCUCAUGAAACAUUUAAUCAAUUAGUUAAAUUAUGUAACCUAUCAUUGUUUCAUGAGUUCAAUAAUCAAUCGAGCGAUUCCAUUAAACAAAAUGAUAGUCCUGAGAAAUUACAUGAAAGAUUUGUUUAUAAAUCUACUGUACUAACGGAAAUUGAGUCAAGGUUGAAUAUUUUACAGUCAUGUUUGGAAAAAGCUAUUCAUCAUACUGUUGAAGUGACUUCUGCUUUAGAAACACAACAACGUACAUGCAAUGAUGCAAAUAAUUGGAUUGAAGAUGUUACAAGACAACUUCAUCAGAUUAUCACAGAAAGACAAAAAACAUCAACUAAUCGUGAUACUGCUCAAAAAUAUCUUGAUUUAAUACAUAACCUCAAUGAAAUAUCUGACGAUGGACGUGCAAAAAUACAAUUAGCUCAAAAUACCAUUGAAAUUGCAUGUAAUUUGAUUUUAACAUCAGAAUCAUUCUACAAUAAAAUUAAAAAUAAUUAUAGUUUGCCACCAAAGAUGGAACAAUCAAUCAAUAAUGAUCAAACAAAAUUAGAUGAAUCAAAAUCAAUGGAAUCAUUUACAGAGAAAGUAUUAUCAUUUCAUUCUACAUUUAUAUCGGAAUUCAAUGAUCAAUUAUUAAAUUACUCAUCUAUGUUAAAUAAUCGUUUCAAUAUUUAUUUAAAUGAAAUUGGGACUAUUUUAAAUGAAAUACAACUUGACUUAAAUCAAUGGACAUCUUAUGUUGAUUCAAAAUUACGUUUAGAAAAAUGGUUGAACAUGGUGGAAUUUGAUUGGAAAGUGAAUCAAUUAACUGAUUCAGAUGAAAUCGGAGAUAAUUUGACGAAUAAAAUGUACUUUGUUACAUUAUACAAGCAACGAUUACAGGAUAUUGAUUCCCAUGAAAGUCUUCUUAACACUGUAAUUAGUUGUGGAAAUCAGUUCAAUCGAAGGAAUUCAGACAAUAUGAUUGGUACUACUACUACUAAUCAUAAUAAUGAUGAUCAAGUAGUUCUUCCUACCGAAGAAAUUCAAAAUUUUCGAAAACGUUUUGAAUCACUUCAGAAUUUCAUAAAUACACGUUUAAAAUUACACCAAAAUCGUUUAGAAAGAUAUAAAAAAUUUAUGGAACAUAAUCAGAAAUUUGAAGAAUGGCUUUCUAAUACAGAGACAAAACUUAAUUAUAUGAUAGAAGAUAUCAUUGGAAGAAUUGAACAUUUAAUUCCAGAAAGUGAAUCCUAUUUUAUUACAUCACAUAAUGAAUACAAUUCGAAUGUAUCAAUACAGACUCAAUUUAUUAAUAAAGAUAAUAAUCUAUCAAUAUACAUUGAAAAGAUUGAUAAAUUAUGGUUAUCUAUUAUUAAUAGUGCUGAAAGUCAAUUAGACACAUUAAAUUCAUUAUUUCUAUCAAUUGAAAAAGAAGUAGAACAUCCAGAGAACUUUCAAAUAAAGAUUACUAACUUUAAAAAUCAUAUAUUUCUUAAUUUAAAACAAAAGAUUAAUGAUCUUAUCAAAAAUUUAAAAGAAUAUCAACAAUACAAUGAAGAAUUUUUAAAUCAAUUGUCAAGGUCACAAAUUUAUAUGAAUAAUCAAGAAAAAAGGAUUAUUCAAUUUUCAACACGACAAUUAUGUAAUUCUAUGCCAGAUUCAAUGAUGAUGUUAAUUGGUAAUGAUGGUGGCAUAGUUAAUUUACCUGAUAAUUUAGAUGAUAAAUUAUAUUAUGUUCAAACAUUAAAACAAAUUUCAAAUGAUUUUAAUCAUUCAGAAUGUUCUAAUUCCAUUCAAUUGUUACAUGAUUCGCGGGAACAAUUAAUUUCAAUAUUGAAUAGAAUUAAACAAACAAGUUUAUCUCAACAAAAUAUACUUAUAAUGAAUAAUGAUUAUUUAGAUAAACAUUUAAAUUAUAUAAAUAAUUAUUUAAAAAGAUUAAAGAAAUAUUGUGAAGAUUUAACCCAAUGUUGGCAAUCAGCAGUAGAUAAUCAUUUAAAAUUUCAAGAAAUGUUUCAAUCAUGUUCAAUGGAAUUUCAAAUGAUCAAAUCAGAGUUUAUUGAAGGUUAUCCAUUUAAUGAUGAAAUGGAAUUAACUAAUGUAUUAAAUAAUAAUGAUAAUAAUCAUGAAAUAUCUCCGAAAACAAAAUGGAAUAGAACCGAUCAAAUUUAUAAUCAUUUCUUAGGAUGGUUAUCAAAUUUAAUGAAUAAACUUGAUCGAUUCAGUGUAAUAUCUUAUCAAUCGUGUAUAGAAUUAUUACAACUUACUUCAUUAACAACUAGCUUAAAAGGAUAUAAUUUAAUGAAUGAACAAUUAAUUGAAUUAAAAAAAUCAGCUGAUCAAUUAUCAACUGAUCUUGUUGAAUUAUAUCAUCGAAUUGAAUUAACAAUGAUUGAACAUUUAAAGAUGGAUCAAGAGAAAUAUGAAUUUAAAAAUUGGUUAAAUGAACAUGAACAAAAAUUAAUUGAAUUAAAUAAACCAUUAGAAGUGGUUUUAUCAUUUAAUAAUAUCAUUUCAUCAUCAUCAACAUCAUCGGAAUCUUUGAGAUCAUCUUUAUUUUCAUUAAACACAAUUUUAUCAUCAUGGUCUAUGUUAAUGAAUGAAAGACAAUCAAAUUUACAAAGUUUUCGACGAGUAUUCCAGAAUCUAUCUUCACGUAGUCAACACUUAAGAUCAUUUGAAGAACGUCAAUCUUUAGUUAUUUCAAAUUAUAAAACUUACAUAGUUGAUCGUGUAAAUAAAUCAGUCAUUUCCGAUGACAUUAAACAAAUUAUUUCUAAUGUAUCAAAUAUUGAAUUGAACACAGAUUAUAGCGAUUUGAUAAAUUAUAACAAAGAGUUGAUAAGUAAAACUGAAAAAAUCAUUAAUCAAGACACUGAAUUUAAUGAUCUAGCUCAGUCAUUAUUAUCUGAGAUCAAUACACUCUCAGAUAAUCUUCGUAUUCUGGAAGAAGAUUUUUGCGACAUGAAAUCUCAUAUUGUGAUGGAUAAUAAUAAUAAUAAUAAUAAUAAUAAUAAUAAUAAUAAUAAUAAUAAUAAUAAUAAAUCAGUGGUCAAUUCACAAGAGUUGUUAUGGACACGUGAUCUAGUACAGUAUAAAAUUAAUGAAUUAAAUCAACAAACACGAGAUGUUUCCUUAAAGAAUAUCCAUGAAAAAUUGAACAUACUCGAAGAGAUGUUCAAUAGUUUAAUUAGUUUAAAUAAUCCAGAGAAAAAUUUGGCAAAUGAAUUAAUUAUUUCAAUCAAAAAUCAAUUGAGUAAAUUAACCGAAAGAAUUGAUCAACAGUCAGCUUUAUUAUCUUUGAUACUUAAUCAAAUGAAAGAUAUGUCUGAAAAGAUUGUUCAACAUAAAGAAUGGUUUUCUCACUUGCUAAUUAAAGUAGAAUCAAUUGAAACGGAGUUACCUGUUGACUUAGAGUCUAAAAAGACAUUACUAGUACAAUAUCAGGAUAUUCUAACUGAAACUAAGGAACACAUUUCAGAAAUAAAUGUCAUCUUAAAAGAUUGUUGCUGUAACACUGCGACAUCAUUUGUUUCUCAGAAAUCAGAAAAAAAUAUUGAAGAGUCAACAGAUCUCAAUUUGAAUCCAUCACCACAUCCAGUUAAAAUGUAUCCUGUUGAUGUUCAAUUGGUCAAAAGUUUAAAAUCACUUCAUUAUGAUAUGAAUCAAGCAUUGGAAAGAGUAAAUUUAAAUAUAACUCGAUGGAAGCGUGCUAUAACUCGACAUGAGAAUUUAAUUGAAUCUUUGAGAAAUCUUGAGAUAAUUUUAACAAGAUGUAUUGCUAAUACUUUCUAUUGUGCUAAGCAUAUGUUGAAUUUAGAGAUGGAUAUAAAUGAUGAAACUACACUGCUUAGAUUCCCUGUAAGUAGUGUACUUUUCAAAUGCGUAAAUAUUAUACAAACAUAUGUCAGUACUGAUUUAGAUGAAGUCAACAGAUUAUUGGAUGAGAUCAACUUGACUUAUGAUAGUGUCGUACAAGAUACAUGUCCGGAAAACAUGAAUAUCAUUAAAUUACAAAUUAGGAAAGAUCAAAAUCAGUUUACAUAUUUAGAACACAAAACACACACAUUACAAGCUUAUUUAACUAAUCUCAAUGAUCGUAUUGAGUUAUUCACAUCCAUUGAUAAUAAUUUGAAUGAACGAAUCUACAACCUUUCUAAUCGUCUUAAAUCUGAAAGUAUAAAUUUAUGUUCAACUCAAAUCCAAGAAAUUAAAAGAUAUGUUAAUAUUUGGCGUGGAAUUAAUGAAAAAUUCAAACAAAUCCAUCAAGAUUAUAUGAAUGAAAUCAAACCUUUAAUCAAAGAAUUUCAACAAUUGAAAGUUGAGCAUUUACAAUUUUUAGAAUUGUAUCAGAAAAAUUUCUCAUUUGAAUCUAAAUCCGGUACAAAUGAAGAUCAUUGUUUACUGGAACAAUUACCUACUAUUGAAUCAAUCACAAUUCAAUCUAUUUUUGAAGAACGAAAUAAUAAACUGCUAGAGAUUAUUGAAUUUAUUAAUGCGGUCAUCAAAUCAAUCGAUGCCAUCAGUUCCACCUGGUCUCAAUCUGAACGAAAAUUCAUUCAUUGUCGCUCUUGGAUUAAUGGACUUUCAAAAAAGUUCAUGCAAAUUUCUCAAACCAACUUGAAAACUGAUAUUACUACUACACCUAACACUUCAGAUGGAGGGGAAGCAGUAGUAACUGAACCCAGUAACCAGUCAUCACCAGUAUCGCCUUCUGGUCAUAUUUUAAAUCGAUUAGAUCAAUACACAGCUCAAACUUGUUUAUCACUUCUAAAAGAAUUUCAAACUGAAAUGAAUCAAAAUAAUUCAUAUUUUGAUGAAUAUCGUGAUGCAUUGUACAAUGUUCAAUCGUUAGAUUCAACGAUCGACUGUUUUUAUAAUCUAUUCAAACAAUUUGAUGUUGACAUUAAUGAUGAUUUAAAAUUGAAUCAUUCUAAUUUAAUACAUAAAUUAAGCGAAGAACUUGAACAGUUUCAAAUGAGUUGGGAACAAUUACAAACUGAAGUGAAUACUACACACCAAACGAUGUAUCAACAUUUAGAACAAAUGGAACUAUUUAAUUGUAAACAAUUAUCUCUACGUAAAUUACUCACAGAAAUUGAACAAAAAGCUUGUUUAGGACCUUGUUCAACUACUAGUGUGGUGGAUUUUAAUGAAUUGGAAAAGGAUACAAUGAACUGUUUAAAUGAAAAAUAUGUUGAUGAAGUUGAUAGUAAUAAUAAUAAUCAAGGUGAAAAUGGUUAUGUUGUCAUCUUUGAAAAGCUUAUGAUUGCUCAACAAAGUAUUGUGGAUUGGUGGGAGGCUUUUAUUCAACAAAUUGAAGAAGAAAUUCCUAGAAUCAAAGAUGAAUUGAAAACGAUUAACAGUAUUGUCUUUCCCACUCCCACUGGAUUACUGAAUCAAUUGUUAUAUGUGGAAGAGAUCUUAGCUAAAGCUCAUGAAAUCCUAAACAUAAACAAAGAAGGUUUAACUGGUUUAAACGAUAUGAUUGAAGCUUGGAAGAAUUGGCAACAUUGGUGGUUUGUUGACAGCGAAGCAAAUACUAUUCAUGAUGAUCAUAGUGAAUUAUCUAAUUUUGUCAAUAAUAUAAAUGCAUUUAACAUAGAUGGUUAUUUAGAUAAUACUGAAUUCAUUAAUUUACAAAGAAAAUUAGAUCAACUUUAUAAAUUAGGUGAAUCUGAAGGUAAAUUAAAAUUAACUGAUUUAAUGGAAAAAUCAAAUCAUCUUCAAUUAAUAAAUGAACAACAAAAAAAGAAUUUUAUAACAUUUAUGAUUUUAUCAUCCGGUCAACAACAACAACAACCGUCUUCAUCAUCAUCAUCUAUAACAAUAACAUCAAUUCAACAACGUCAAUUACCAUUAAAUUUAAGUAUUUUAUUUAUUCAAAAAUUAAUUCGUUUAGCUAAUCAUCAAUAUUCAUUGAUUUUUAAUGAUCAUCUCCCUUUAAUUAUUGAUUAUUUGAAUCAUAAAAUUGAUUUAAUCGAUAAAUUUCUUUAUGAAUUUCAACAAUUUACUAAUAUACUUAAUGAUAAUGAAAUAAAAUUAAAAAAAUUUGAAACAUUUUUAUUAUUAUGUAAUUAUAAUCAUCAAAUGAAUAAUUUAAAAGAAAAUUCUUAUCAAAAAUUACAAUUAUUAAAUAUUGAUUUUAAUGAAAUAACAUUAAAUUAUAUACAAUUACAAUUUUCUUCUGAUAUAUCGAUUAUUUUAUCGAUUCAAUGGAAUGAAUCAAUAUUUAUUGAUUUUUUGAAUCAAUUUUCAAUCAAUGUUAAAUUAUUAAUGAAAUUAAUUCAAUCAAAUAGCGAAAAACUCUACUCUCUGGAAAAAUUAGCCUGUACGCUUGAAGUUCCAAUAACACAGAGAAGAAAACAAAUGACAACAUCGACGGAGACAACAACAGUGGUUACACAUGAUGACGGUCGUAGUGGUCGUAGAUUAAUUGAAUUAGACGAUGUCACAUCUCGUUAUUCAGAAUUAGUUAAACGUGCUCAAGUGGUUGUUAAACAAACGGAUUCUUGUAGAGACUUAUUUAAUAAAUUAAUGUCUAAUGUUAGUUCAACUAGUGAAUGGAUCAAGCAAUUGGAGCAGAAUAUUUCAAAUUAUGCCAAUCUCUCUGGAGAUAGACAUGUUUUACAAACUAGACUUGAAUUAGUGAAAGAUUUAAACUUAUUAGACAAAGAAGCUAACGAUCGUUUCACUGAUAUGAAUAAAUAUGCUAUGAAUUGUUUUCAACAAUAUAUACCUAAUAAUCAUGAGAGUUUGGAAUUAAUUGAAAUUACUGACGGUGACAAAUCUCAGCAACUUUACGAGAGCUUUUUAACCAUACCUAUGUAUUGUGUUAAACUGUAUAAAAUGUGGUUUGAUUGUCGUGAAAGAAUUGAAUUUAUCACUAAAUCUUUGUCAGAUUCUAUAGAAACAUGGCAGGUAUUUGAAGUAACAUGUGAUACUUUACAAUUUACUUGUCGUCGUAUUGAAAAUUGGUUGAAAGAACAGUCUACUUGGCUUGUAGAUGAACCGGAACAAAUUAACGAGAAAUUGGAAUUACUACAACUUAUUAAUGAUAGGUUGGAGGUGAAAUUUAGCAUAGACGCUCCCAAAUACUGUGAAUCAUCUAGUAACAGUCUGUCAAGUUGUCGACAUGAACAACAACGAAUUUUAGAAUUGCUGGAUGAGUCAUCAUCACAAGUUGAUCUUUUAAAUUCCACUCUAAAACGUUUACCUAAUCACCAUCAUCAGCUGUGCUCUGAAGAUUCAGCAACUCUGGAUGAAAAAAACUUGGAUAAUGUGCAUACAAUAACAACAACGGUAGAAAUGAAUACUGACUCGUAUGAUUUAGCUUUGAAUUGCAUAAAAAAUCUCAUGGUCACAUUUAAUUAUUUACAGAAAAUAACCAGAGAAAUGUCAGAUCUUUGGAAUACUCGUUUAAAACUUUUCACAGAAUGGAAUUCCAAAAUACAGAAUGCAGAAACUAAUUUGUCGAAGUUAUGUUUGCGUAUGGAAAAAAUAAAAGAACAAUUUAGUCCUUUUAGUGAAGAGUUAGAAAAGUCAACAAUAAUUUCUGACGAAGAUGAUAAUAGCGGAUCUUUUAAAACUAUUGAAGAAAAUUUGAUGUUAGUAGAUGAUAUUAUGAAAGGGCGUGAAGUGAUCGGUGCUGAGUUUACUGAGUUACGCAGUCGUCUAUGUAAUUUAUCUACUUUCAUGAAUCACAAUGGUCAUAAUGAUCGACAACAAAGAAUGGGAGAUCUACAGCGUAAUUGGGAAGAAUUAGGUAAUAAUCUAUUGAAUUUACAACGAAAUCUUGAACACAAAACUACAAUUUGGACUGACUUAAUCUUACAAGUGACAAAUAUAUUCAAUUGGUUUAAUGAAUUUAGUGGGCGUAUGAAAGUAUGGCAUGAAUCUUGUCCAUGGCUGUCGAUGAAUACACCUACUGAACUUUCCGACAUUUUAUCACCGAAUACUUCAAAAGAUUCUUCAAAGACUUCAAUAAUUUUAAAUGAACUCAAACGCCAUUCAAAAGAUACUAGUAAAUUUCUUACACAAUGUCAGUCUAAUGUGAAUUUAGCUCGCGCACAACAUUCGAAAUUGUUAUACUUCCAAUCAGAAUUAAAUAGUUCUCAGCGUCAGUGUACCGAAAUUCAAUCUGAUGCCUACAAUCAAUUGUGCAGUAUGAUGAAUGAAUCUAUUGAAACAAGUAAUCAGAUUGAAAAUCAUCUAGAUACCACAAUAUCGAUUGGGAACAAGUUCAAAACGAAUUUGAAUCAAUUUACCAAGAACUAUGAGACCUGUUUGUCUUGUAUCAAUCAUAUCAAGACAGAAUUCGAUCAAUCCAUAAGUUCCAUACCAAAAUGUGAUGUAUUGAUGAAGUCUGAGGAAGAAAAUCGAGAAGUCCAAUCGCUAAUUAAAUUACGCUGUCUUAUUUUAAAUAAUCUAGUUGAACAAAUCGGUGAUGCUAAACAGCUAAAUGAUUUAUUAAUUGAUACAUUGAAUGAAAAGGUAGUAGAUGUGAAUGGCCAAGUUGCAGAAAAAAAUAAAAGUUCAGAUCAACAUGAUCAAAAUAAAGAUGGACAAAAUCUUAUUCAGAAUUUAGAAGAACUUUUAAAAGAAGCCAUUGAUCUUGACUCUUUUUAUCAUUUAGAUGAUAUUAAUAAAUCAACAUCGAAUGAUGUGCAACAUUAUGCCUAUUGCAUUGCAAGAUAUUUAAUUUAUGAAUCAAUACAAUUACGAGAAAUGGUAUCACAUAAAUUAAUUACAAUUACAAAUGAAACAGAAGAACAAUUGAAGCUAGAUUCUAUGUUAAAUUAUUUUGAACAACAGUUGAUGAAAUUUCAAGAUGAAAUGAAUCAAAUUGUAGUUAAUUUAUCAGUUUAUCGUUCAAAGUCAUUUGAUGAUAACGGUGAUACUGUCAUCACAUCAUUGAAAUCUUCAAGUUUAAAUGUUGACAAUUCUACUGCUUUGUAUUGGUUUCAUUUGAGACAAUCAGUAGAUAAUUGUGAAAAUCGAAUAAAUCAAUUGGAUAAUUGUUUACAAUGUAUGAUUGAUAUAGGUAAAGAUCACCUAUUGAAAAUUGAACAAGAUUUAAACAAUUAUUAUCAUCGAAUCGGAAAGUUGGAUUUAAAAUUUUCGCAUCGUUUUAAUGAACUGAAAACAAAAUAUGAAAUUAAUCUAAAUAAAAUGAGAAAAUUGAAAAAUCAAUUCAGUAAAGAGAUGGAAUCUUGGCAACAGUUUAUAACAAAUUUAGAAAAAGCCGAAAAUUGGUUAACUAUAAAUGAAUCACUUAGUAAAAAAGUACUUUAUGUCGUGACAACAGAUGAUAACAAACAACCAGAUGGGGUCCAGCAAACAAUUACCGAAACCAUUCAUACUAGUUGUAUCAAUCCAAAUAUGUCCGAACAAGAGAUUAAAGCAGCCAAUGAUAAAGAGGUACUUUCGAAACAAUUGACAAAUUUAGAACAAUUGGAAAUCGAUUUAAAGGAGCAUGGAAUUGAAUUGCGAGAACAAACUGAACAAUCAGCACGUUGUUUAUUAUUUAAUCUUAUUCCUAAUUCUGUGAAUUUAAUUAAAGAUAAACAGUACAAGUUGAAUAGAAAAUCUGAAAUUAUUGAUUAUAUUAAUUUGGCUAUUGAAAAUCUAUUUAAUCGUUAUAAUGAAUAUAAAAUCAGUUUACAGAUGAUACAUUCUAAUCUUAGUGAGAAAUAUUUAUGCUGGUCCAAAUUAGAUAGUAAUUUGGAACAAGUGAAUCGUUGGCUACAUACAAUUGAAUUACAAUUAAACACUAUGGAAAUGGAAACGAACUCAUUGUCUACCAUAUUGAUUAAUGAUAUAUCAGUGCAUAAAACAGAUGAAUAUUUUGCAGUACACCAAUUAAAUGCAUGGUCUAAUUCAAAGUUAUGCAUUUUAACAAAUUUAAUGGAUGAAAUGCGUAGAUAUAGCGAAACAGAAUUAAUUCAAUUGAAAGAACUUGUACAUGCCCAAAACUCUAUUGAUGAAGUGUUUAAAGAAUAUUGCAAGGAUGGUAAUACUUCAGAUGAUGUAGUCAUUUCAUUAGGACAAGAUGCUUCUAAACGAUUGAAUGAUAUAUUGGAACAACAUCAUAAGUUAAAAAGUCGUUUAGAAUCUUUAAUUCAUUUGAAUCAUGUUAUUCUUAAUUUGUGCGAAAGAUUUGUUCGUAAACGAUGUGAAAUAUUCCAAUGGCUAAUUAGUCAACGUCGUGAACUAGAGGGUUUAAUAAAUCAAACUGAGACAUAUGUCUCACAAACUAGUCUCCUAUCAUCAUCUCAUGUUUCAUUAAACGAUGAAGUUACCAAAUUAAGCAAAUUAUUUCACAAAACUACAUGUGAUUUAGAAGCGUUUAAGGCAUCUGUUUCAAUAAAAUAUGAAGAACGUCUAACUGAUGUUAUUAAACUUAUCGAAGAAUUGGGUCAAAUGACUCCGUUAAGAAUGGAACCAGCUGAAACUUACAUUAUUGAUAUAAAAAGAGAUGUUACAGAAUUUUUCAAUCAAGUUACCGAUAAACUAGAACAUUUUCGUGUUUGGAAUGAUAAAUGGUCAAACUUUUCAAAUGAUUGUAGCUCUUUAACUCAAUGGAUUAGUGAACAAGAAUCAUUUAUCAUCUCAACAUUGAACUCUCAGUCUACCAUUGAAUCAGAAGAUUCUUCCUUCCAAAUCACUAGUUCCGACGUAGUUGAAAAAGAAUUGAAUCAACUAACCAGUCAAGUUGAUCGUAAUCGCCAACUCAGAAUCAUUUUGAUUGGUCAUCAACCGGCGAUGGAAUCAUUGGUUGUAAAAGCUCAAAGUUUAAUCAAGUCCAGAAUGUUCUCAAGUAGUGCCUAUGUGGGCGAUGUUGGUAAAUCAAAAGCGUCUGAUAUGUCUGACAAGUCAUUGUUCGCGAGUAAUAUGCCUGUCGGUAAUAUAGCAAUGAAUAUGGCCACCUAUAUAAUGCAAAGAUAUCAAACGUUGAUUAGUAUAUGUGACAGUCGAUCUGAAACAUCUCAAAGUGCACAAAAAAUGGUUGAAGAAUUAUUAAAUUCAUGCCAAAACUAUGAUCAUUGGGCUUGUGAAUUUCGAAUCAAAUUGUCUGAUGUAGAUUUUAUGCUGAAUUCAUAUGAUUCUCAUUCCAUCCCCUUACAAGAAUCAGAUAGAUAUUCAUCAAUUCGGUUAUCUAUAGUUGAUCUAGAAACUAGAAUUGAAUCAGGUGAGAGUUUUGUUCAACUUAUUAAAGAUUGGACAGAUCAUUAUAUGACAGAAUUAUUAGUUCAGGUUAACCAGCGACGUUCAGAACUCGAAACUCUAAGCCGUUUAGCUAAGAUAAGCAAUGAAAAUUCCGAUCAUGACAAUGAGUUAUUGCAUUGUGAUGGCAAACUGAAGAGCGUUACAAGUUAUGCUGAGACGGAUUACCAAGUACUUAAGGAGAUGGUUCGGUCAUUACGUAAUCGGUUUGAAAAAAUCAUCCAAAAUGUUAAUCAACGAAGUUUAUCACGAGACAAAUUCACCGCAUGGAUUGAUACUACCGAAAGUCAAUUGGAUUUGAUUAAUACCCAUAUGAAUCUGUCUGGUUUGUCCAAGAUCAUUUUGGAAGCACCCAUGGAUGAUUUUGACAGAUUGAUAGAAAAGGUUAUAAAUUAUAUGCUUACCGCUUCAGAAUCAAUCACUCAGUUAACUGCAGACAUUAGAAAACAAGGUGCAGAGAUUAAGAAUUCAGACUAUACCGAUGAAAAUUUACGAAAUCGUUUUGAUCAAUUGACUGAAAAUAUUCAUUCAACUCAUCAAGAUAUUUCAUGUUGUUUAAAAUUGUUCCAUCAGUUUCAAAAUGAAGUACAAAACUUCUCCAGUUGGAUAUCAGAUUGCGAAAAUAAAUUUAUUCGUCUAUCCGAUGGUGAUUCGAAUCAACUGGCAAUGUUCCUUCAGUCAAACAGUUCAAUAAUGAUCAUGAAUGAUAGUGAUAAUGAUACUGAACAAAUCAUGCAUCAACUAGAUAUUUCUUGUCGAAGUUCAAUAUGUCAGCUUACUGAAGCUAAACACAAGUUAUUGAUUAUAAAAGAAAUUAGCUCAUCUCUUGAGAAUCGAGGUCACCAGUUGAACAAACAAUUAAUUGAAUCUGGUGAACAGUUAACUAGCAAGUUGAAAAUCCUGGAAGAGUAUUCCAUGGGGGGAGUUCAAGCUAGGUCCGUUGGAAGGGAAGAUGUUGGAAGAUCCCUUAGCACAUUAGAAUCAUCAGAUCGUUUAAGCGUAAUCAUUCAAAAUUAUAUAGAUCAAUUACAAUGUCGUUUAAUCAGAUUGGACAAAAUUCAAGCUGUUUUCACUAUCAAUUUAACUGAGUUAGUAGAUUGUUGGUCUGAUUGGAAAAAUAGUUUUGAUAGACUAAUUGAUUGGUUAAAUGGAACUGCUACAAAUCUAAGGCGCCCAAUUUUCCAUUCACUCGAUUCUUUAUCAACUAAACAACAAUUGGCUAACAGUUUGAAGGCAUUUUAUCAAGAUUGUGUUGGAAAGAAAGCGGAUUUUGAUAUGUGCUUGUUAAAAGCUAAUCAUUUGAAAAGUUUGGCAUCAAGUUGUAAUUUACCUGAUCAAAGUGAACAAUUAUUUGAACAAUAUAGGAAUACAUUGGAUACAGCAUAUGCCGCGUUACAACAAAUGCAAAAUGCAGUUGAAAUUCAUGAACAAUUCGAUCAAGUUGUAUCUCGUAUUACUCAAUGGCUUGAAAGUUUGACUUCAAAGCUCAAUAAUCUGUCUGUUAAUGACAAUACUGAUCGUGUUGGAUUAGAGCAAAAUUUACUGACCUGUCAAAAUCUUUCAGAAACUAUCAAAUGUCAAUCAGAAACUUAUAUUUCUCAAUUAGUUGAAUUGGCCGAUCAAGUUUGCCGUACAACUGAUGCAAUGACAAAUAAAGAAAUAUUAGAUAAGGUCGAUGUAUUUCGUCAAUUAAUUCGUCAAAAUAUACAACAGUUAACUGAUAUUCAAUUAAGCAUUGAAUUAAAAUUAAAUAUAAUAAAUGAUUGGGAAAAUGUAAAAUCUGUCAUUGUCAAUAUUUUGAAUUCAAUAUCACAAACUAUACUAACAGUUUUAUUGGAAGAGAAAACAUCUAUAGAACAAAUUCAACCAAUGACAUCAACUGUUUUACUAACUAUAAAAGAGGAAACUUUAAAAAAAUUUGACAAUGUCAAGCAAGAACUGGAACCAGUUCAAUUAAAAAUUGAUGAAUUAAAGAAAUGUACAGAGAAAUAUAUCGAAUUUGAGCAUAAAUUAAAUGUCAUGCAACAAGUUGAUCAACUAUUUGAUAAAUACUCUAAAAUGCAAAAGGAAGUUGAAAUCUGUUUAGUUAAAACUAACAAAGAAUUACAAAAUCUUCGUACAUUUCAUACAAAAAUUGAUGAAUCCAAAAAUUGGAUACUACAAAUCUCUUUAAAAUUAAUGGCUAUUCAUGCUACCGAUCCGGAUGGACCAAAAGGUGUUAUACGUUUAGGACAAGCAGAAAAUGAAUUACGUAAACGUCUCAUUACAUAUCGUGAAGAAAAUUUAAAAGAAUUAAAAUUAUUUAUUGCAAAUUGUCCAUCAGAAAAAGAUUUAAUCAUUGAAACAGAUCGUGUGAUACAAUCAUUAUUUCAAACACCUAGUGGUGUAUCAAUUACAGUUGCUGAACAAAUUAUAGAGAAUAUGAAUAGAAUAAAUGAUCCUAUUUUAUCGGAAAAAAUUGGGGACAAAAACGAACAGAAACAUUUGUUAAUUGAAGAAGAUAACAAAAGCACUUCUAGUCAAAUACAUCUUGCAAAUGAUUACAACACUGGUCAUUCUAAAACUUGGGCAGAAUUAUUCUCAUUAGAAGUUGUUCAAUUAGAGUCAAGUUGUGAAAAUUUAGAAAUUAUGUGUAAACGUAUCAAAGAUAGACUAAUGGAACAACAAAAACGGUGGGCUAAAUUUGUUUCACUUCUUAUCCAGAUUGAUAAAUUUUUACGCAUAGAACUUUCUAAAUGGUGGUUCACAAAUUCGAAAAAAUUUAUCAAUAAUACUGAUAGUACAGUGGCUACUAUUGAUGGUAACGCUGAUGAUAGUGAUAAGUGUGAUGUUGAUAAUCAUGACGAUGAUGAUGUAUCAAUCAAUGAUGAUAAAUCACUUCAAUCUGAAACUUCAAAAGAAGUAGAAUUAGUAUUUUAUGAAGAAAAUGUACUACUUCAAAAAAAUGAACAACAAACUAAAAAGCCAAAAUCAUCAUCAACAAUAACUUCCCCAUCUAUACAAGAAUUAUUAGCUCAAAUAACAAAUGUUAAAGCUAUGCACGCUAAAAUACAAAUUUAUCUACAAGAGUUGUCAGCUGUUAAGCAUCGAUGCUCAACACCACCUCCUCGUCCAACCAUAUCAACAAGUUUGGUUUCAUUGAAUAAAUAUUAUAAUCCAUCGACAUUAUUAAGUGAUUUAUUAGAUAAUAAUAAUAGUGAUAAUAAUAAUAAUAAAACCACUCAAAAUGUCAAUUUCGCUCUAUCUAUUAAUGAUUUACCAAUUAAUAAUACUACACCAAUUAAUUAUGAGUUAUCCAAUAUGAAUGCGCAAAUAUCUGAAGAGAAAAUGCAUGCUUUAAGUGGUUUGGAACUACGUCGAAGAGCCUCCCAUAUGAAUGAACAACUUGAAAAAGAAUUAAAACAAUUAGAUAAAUAUAUUGAAAAUUUACAAGAUUUAAAAAUACGAUGGGAUCAACAACAUUUAUGUGAAAUAGAAUUUCUUAAUUGGUUACAUAAUAAACAAACUGAAUUCGAUCAAAUUAUUCAUUCACAACAUAAUCUAUCUCAUAAUAGGAAAAUACCUUCUAAUUCUGAGAAUAAUAAUAAUAAUAAUAAUAGUUAUUAUUAUUCACAAUUAUGUAAUUCAAUGGAUACAGUAUGUUUAGAAAAUUUACUCAAUGAAUUAAAUUCUAAAAAAUCAAUUAUUAAACAAUUAAAAUAUCAAUCAAAAUUAUUGAUUAAUAAUAAUAAAUCAAUUUAUUCACAUAAUAUUCAAUUAAUUGAACAUGAUUAUAAAAUAUUUAUCAAAAAAAUUCAAGAACAUCUUAAACAUCGUCGUUUACUUACAAAUCAAGUUAUAGAAGCUACUAAAUUAACUGAUAAAUUACAUACGGAUUUACAUCAAGUUGUAAAACGUUCAAUAGGUAUUGAUAUUGUACAAUGUUCAAUGGAUAAGGAACUUAAAAAAAUUGGAUGGAAACAUUCUAAUGGAAGAUUCAAUGAUAUCAACAAAACAUCUAAUCAAUAUAAAAUCUCUAAACAACCAUCUUUUGGUGUCAGUAAUUCAAAUUUAUUAGUAUCAAGUUCAGAGAUAAAACAAUCUGAUCGAGUACCGACACCAAUUCCAUUGUCAGAUGUACAACCUCUAUCAUCAAUUAGUCAAUCAGAUUUUAAUAUACAUAAACCUUUAGAAAUAAAUGUGAAAGGGGUAACUGAUUGGUUAUGGUAUUCUGCUUCAUCAGUUUUACCUGAUUCAUCUUUAUUACCUAUGGAUGCUAAUGAAACUUGGGAGAUGGAUCAAAUUCCUGCAGUGUCUGAUGUUAAUGAAGAACAAAAUCUAGAUAGAUCAAGAUCAUCUUCUAGAAUUUCACUGACUAUUCAACGACCUUGGAGUGCAUUUAGAAAAUUUGAACGACAACGUAAACGAGAUAGUGUUGCAGAAUUCAAUGUAAAUAUAUCAAAAGAAACGAAAGCCACAUUUAAACAUAGACCAAAUAAAAUAUUUAGUCAUAUAAAACCAAUUACAACACAAUCUGCAGGAACUUCUUUAUGGAGAUCUCAAUCGGCAAAAGUAUUACCUCUUGAAACCAACAUAAAUAAAAUCUCUAGUCAAUCAAUUUGCAACAUUUCAACUGCUAUAGAUCCGUCCGAUGAUUCAAAUAUUAUAUGCGCUGAAAGAUAUUCAACACAAAGUCCUAUGAUUCCAAUGCUAUUACGACGCAGUAUAUCUCCCAUAGUUAGUAAGACUCUGGAACAUAGAACUCAUAAGAUAAAAAAUACAAAUUAUAAUAGGAUUCCAAUUCGAUUCGGCAGUUCAGUUAGACAAAGUGGAAUAGUCGAUCUACGUUCGCCGUCUAUUAUUGAUCAAAAUAGAGAAGCUUCAAGUUACCCAAGUUUGUUUGACCCGCUUACUUCAUAUCCUCGUAUUACUACUAAUGCUACUACUACUACUGCCAGACAUUCUUAUUUAAAUAAAAUUAACAAUAAUUUAUCACAUUCUUUUCUAUUUCGACCACCAGUUAAUUUAUCUCAGCAAAGUCUUCAUAAUCAACCCCAUAGACCACUUCAUUCAAUUCGAGUCUCAGGAUUAGUUAGUGGUUAUGAUUUCUCUUCUCCAAGUAUUUCUGAAUUUGAAAAUGUAUUUUGUGCUGGACGUCCACAACCAAUGGGUGCUUCAAUAUCGGAUAAUUUACUGUCACCAAAACUGAAAUCAACUAGUGAACAUGGUCUAUAUGAUUUAACUAGACGAAGAGCAACUGAACCAUUUCAAUUUCAAGAAACUCCUACCACUACCACUAAUACUGUUGGAUCAUCUACCAGUUUCAUCCGAAAUUUACAUAACAUCACUUCAUCAAUAUCAACAUCUAUUCACCAUCACCAACAACAGUCGAAUACAAAUCCAGUCGAGUCAAUUCGUGUAGUUCGACCACAAACUAUAGCUCAAUUAGCAGUUCAACGUUAUCGUAAUCAACAAAAACAACAGAGUCAAUCCAAAUUUAAACGUUAAUCAACUUACUGUACUGCUGUUCAAUGAUGAUCUUCCAUUGAAUAUUUGCUUUAUUCGUUUUUUUUUUUUAAAAAGAACUAUUACAUAUCAUAUGUGUUCUAACCUAGCUUUGCGAUUAUUUUUUUUCUUUAAUAUCUCUCAUAGUUUUUACCAAAAAAGUAUUCUGAUUUAUUUCUAAUCAGCGAAUUUUUUUUACACAAAUACAUAAAUAUUUAGAAGCUAAUUGAUAUCAAUGAAUAUGAUAUAUGAGAUUUUUAUUCAGUAGUAGUUUCGUUUAUCUUUCAUUUCUCCUCUUUUUUCUAUUCUUUUUAUUUAACUUUAAACAUUUGUAUAGUCAUACAGGAAGAACUAUUGUCAACAAUGGAAAAUUUAGUAGUAUAAUUGUGAUAUUCUGCUAAUUAUACAAGAUUUUGUUCUUAUGACAAUGUAUGUGUAUAAUAUUCAGUUUUCCUUCGUGUGUUUUUCUCAUUGGCCUUUUCAUUUUAUUUUAGUGUUUUAUGUCCAAUGUGAAAUUUUAUUCUUUAUCUCUCCUCUACCAAGACAUUUGGAUUUUUUUGUAUACUUCUGCUUUGAGAUACGAAUACAUUCGGUGUAUCUAUCAUGUUUUAUCUGUAUAAUCCGACAGUUAUGUACAUAUAAUAUUAUACAGUGUGUAUGUGUGUAAAGUUGACAUUUGGAACAUCCCCGAGUUGCUACUCAAUGGUUUUCCAAACCGAUAAAUUCUUCCAGACAAUCGUGUAGAGAUUUUUUUACUCAUUGCUUCUUUAUAUACAAAAUGGAAAAGCUGGAUUGACUUUUGGGAAAAAACUCCUUGAAUUGAGAUGAUUUUGCGUGGUUUAGAAGUGAAUGAAUAUGUAUACACGUUGUUAUUAUCGUCAUCUUUUUCAGACAUUGAAAUGUAUUGAUAGGAUAUAAUUUCAAAGUUUCUUUUGUCUUCUUUUCUUAUUUAGUGUGAUUUUGUUUUUUUCUCCGUCCUUUCUAUUUUCUUAGCAGAAUUUCUGUGUAUUGGUUUUCUCUUUUUCCUUUUGUAACGUUACUUUGUAAAAGUUUGUUCAUUACUAAUGAUAAUA